UAUAUCAUUCGAUCAAUCACGUCUUUCUCAUCUACUACUCACAAUGAUCCCCUCUUCUAAUUCAACUCCCUAAAAGUCAAACUUCCUUAUUCAGAAUUUUGUAUGUUAGAUUCUCUUUUAGUACAGUUGACUUUUGCUAGACUGAAGUCAAAGUGAUGAUAGUAAGAUAUUAAAAAAAAAAAAACGAAAAAUGCCAGCGGUUCGGCAUUCUUCUAGAAUAGAUACUUUUGAGCUGAAGCUACAGAUGGAAAAGAAGCUUGGUUCACAAAAGGCCGAAAAGUAUUUUAAUCUGUUGACUAGGUUUUUGAGUCUUAAGGUUGGCAAAUUGGAAUUUGAUAAAGUAUGCCUUAGUUUGAUUGGUAGAGAGAAUGUUUAUCAUCAUAAUCAGCUUCUUAAGGCGAUUUUGAAAAAUGCGGUUGUUUCCAAAACGCCGCCUCCAAAGCAAGUGAAACGUGACGGUUUGUUGGCUUUGAAAGAUUCUAAUGGGGUUGAUCCAAGAAAUGGGCUUCAGGCUUUAUGCAGAGAUGUGUUUCCUCAGUCACCCAGAAAAGGAAGGACUCCAAAUCUUCGAGAGAGGAAGUUUAAGGAUAGACAUAGUUCUCUUGGAGUUAAUGAGAAGACUCAUACGGGUCAGGAUUUGGGGACAAAGAAAGUUGAACAUGUGGAAGUUGGGAAAGAAGUUGAGGAAAGUGCGUUGAAUACUGUUACGUGUAGAAGAAUACCAGUUACUGCUCCAUUUGGGGUUAAUAUACAUUUGAAAGAAAAACGAAAAUUUGUACAUAGUGGUUCUGGUUUUACUAAUUAUACCAACACAUGUCAUUACACUGGUCAAGUUCUACCUCCAAGUUCUUUGGAGAAUAGGUUGAAGGAGAGGUUGAAAACGGAGGGAUUGGAUGUCUCUCCAGAUUGUGUCAGUAUACUGAGUGAUGGUUUGGAGUCGUAUUUGAAAAGGGUAAUAAAACCAAGUCUAGAAUUAGCUGGCUCAAGAUCUUUACACUCACAAGGAAGCAGAUUCACUACAUCAAUUACAGAUUUCUGGGUGGCAAUAGAGACCAACCCCAUAAUUCUUGGAGAAGAUUGGCCCACGCAACUCGAGAAGAUCUCUUUGUAUGCUCUUGGACAGUGAACAGAUUUUUUGUGAUUCUCAUUAGUUAAUGUCACAGUAACACGUAGUUGAAUUCUAAAGACAAUCUGCAAAUUGUGUGUGGAAGAAGAGUAGGAAACAACAGAAGUUUUGGGUUAAAAGUAAUUAGGUUGUAUAUACAUCUCAGGGCUGAUUAUCUGGGACAUGGCCGCUGUCCAUUGAAGUCUAAUAUUAUGCAUACAUAGUAAAAGUUCUGGCCACUUCAAAUACUUUAGUGGCCUUACUCUAAUUAUUAUCAAUAGCUUACUCAACUUUCUUGUUUACUAGAUAUUGUUAAACAUUGUAUUCUUGAGUUGAGAAAGCUAUUAAUAAAUAAUAGUCAAUUUGUUAGUUUAUAUUGAUCAACACUCGAAUAGUGAGAAAUAUGUACCUUUGGGGCAAUUAUCUCUUUCGCUGUUUAA